AACAGAUUACAAGUUUCUUGUUUGUAUUUCAACAGUGAAGUUAUUUACUUUUUAUUUAAAAUUUGACAUGAUCUAAAGAUUCAUUAGAAAAAAAUAUGAAAUCUGAUCUCAAUAUUAUAGAUGAUCAAACAAAAACUACCCUUUCUAAAAACGAUAUUAAAGUUAUUUGCAUAUUGAUCUCAAUGGUUAUACCAUUUUAUACUGCAGUUGAAAUAUCGACUUUUAUAUGUGAUCAGUUUACUUUCUACAGUUUCCUCACACAGCGUGGAUUACCUUAUGGAUAUGGUAUAUCUACUGAUGGAAAUAAUUCUACAGAAAUAAAACUCAAACAACACGAUGCCCAAAAACAAACAUCAUUAGUACAGUCAUCAAAUAACUUUGCAGCAGUUGCUCCUGGUUUAGUAUCUACUCUAUUAGUUGGUUAUAUAUCAGAUCGUUUUGGACGAAAAAUUGCUUUAGGAAUCCUUAUAGCUGGAGAAGCUGCACAAGUGGUGGCUGUCGCUGUUGUAGUUUUCUUUCGUUUAACACCAUGGGCAUUAGUUGCUUCAAAUGUACUAGAAGGUUUAAUUGGUGGUGGUUUACUAUCAGCUAUUGCUCAAUUCUCCGUUUGUAUUACAGAUUUAACGAAUUAUGAUCAACUUAAAAAAUUUACAUCUAUUCCGAAAUCUGUGUAUGAACGUCGACGUUGGAUAUUUUUAACACUUAUUGAUGGUUUAGCUUGUUUAAGUUUGGCAAUUGCUAGUAUGAUUGCAGGUUCAUUAAUUCAUACAUAUGGUUUCAAUAUUACAAUGAUGGUUUGUAUUCUAAUCUAUUUACCAGUUAUAAUAUUGAUAUUCCUUUUGCCUGAAACAAAUAAUGUUAAACAAUUAAAAUAUGAUACUGAAGUCAAUGUAUAUAAUCAUGAUAAACUACCAAAUAAUGUACAUUUAACAAAAAUGAAAUUAACUUGUUGGCAAAUAUUUUAUCAGAAAAUUAAACAAACAAUAAUGACUGUAAUAUCUUCCAAUCCGGUUUUAAUAAUAAUCUUAGGAAUUUUAUUUAUUGUAUCUAUUUCGGCAAUGGUAGAUUCACCAUUUGUUACGGUAUACUUAAUGAGUGAACCAUUUUGGUGGAAUUCAAAGAAGCUAGGAUUAAGCAAUGGUAUAACAGAAGCAUGUUCAGCAUUAUUAUCUAUAAUAAUUGUAAAUAUACUGGCAACAAUUCAAUUAUCUCAAUCAACAAGUUUGAAUAAUAAAAACAAUCAUGAAUUGAAUGAUGAUAAUGAUGAUGACGAUAAUAAUCUAACUGAAAAUAAAAUCAAUUUUAAGUUUCAGAAUACACUGUUCAAUUUACUAAUAUUUGCAUUAAGCUUAAUGUUAUUAAAUAGAAUUAUGAUGACAAUAGCAUAUUUGUUCUCAUCGUUUACAGCGAAUAUAAUUGUUUAUAUUGGCUUAGUUCCGAAACUAGCGAAGAAUAUUAAUUUCCCUUUAUUGCGUACACUGAUCACCAAUUGGAGUGGGACUCAGCGAACAGGCAAGUUAAAUCUCUAUGCAUAAUUUUAAAAUGAAUAACAUGUUUUCUAUAAUAUUUGUUACCAAACAUUGUAAGUAACAGAUAUAGACAAUAUAAAACUUUGAAGAGUAAUAUUCAAGAUUCCUAUUAUCAUGAUGCAUUUUAUAACAAUAGUAAACAACUGUGGAUCAAAUAAUUCAACAAAACUACAGUCAGCUAUAGGUCUUUUAAUAUUUAUGCAGUUUUCCUAGAAAUCACAAAUAUGUUCUCUACCUUCAUAAUAUCUAAUGAUACCAAAUGACUUUUUUGAUACAUUUUUUUAUGGAACACAGAAAUUCAUACUAAAUUCUAAAAAACAAUAAAACAAAAUUUUACACUACAACUAUAGAAGAUCACUAAGCGAUAUCAUUUUCUAUUUCGAAAGAAAUGCAACUCAGUGAAUUUUCUGUGAAUGAAGGUAAUAGGAAACCAAUUCGAUGUCCUAUCAUUUUCAUUGAGAUAAUGAACCGAUUGACGUUAGACCACCAAUGAAAACCUGGAAGCACUGAAAUGCUGUUUCGUCCUACCAUGGGAUUCCUCAGCAGUGCGUAUUUACGAUCCCGCUCACGGGACUCAAACCCAGGACUAUCAGUAUCACGCGCGAACAUUUAACUUAUAGACCACUGAAUCGGCUGGGAUCCAACGGUGUUAAUGUCUAACCUCAGGCAAUCCACAAAAUUGCGUGAUCAUCUUUCAAUUGUACUGAGGUAGAUACCUGUCUCUACCCGACACUGAUUAGCCCCACUGGUCACAGUCAUUUAUUUAUAAACACCUAAUGGAUAUGAAAUAGUUAGUGUUGAGUUUAGAAAUCCAAACCUACCGCAGCUAAAUAAAGUAUAUAUUUUAAUAACCUGGAAACAGAGAUAAGGCUAGUGAGUGAUGUGAUCAUGGAUAUGAUAAAUAAGAAUUAUGAGAAAUAAUUAUAGAGAAUAGGAAAAAUUAUCUCUGACUUGAUGAUUUCAUAACGAACAUAAACUUGAUCAGAUUGCUAUCAUGUUAUUACUUUUCAAGUGUCAUGUGAGAUAAUGGUGAGACUAUAAUUUAUGGAGGGUCUUUGAGCGACGCUAAAGUGACCUUGAGAAUGUCCACAUACUCAUUAGGUUUAAUGAGGGUUAUAAAGUUGUGUGAAGUAUAAGGAUUAUGAUUAACAUUUAAUGGGUAGGGUUAGGAAUUAUAUUUAGGAUUUUCAUCACGAACUGACAUUAGCUAAAAUGCCGAGACGCUGUUUAUCAAAAUAGAUGAAUGAAUUUCGCUCCGAAAUCCGAGACCUGUUAUCCUAAAUCUAAUUGGUUUGUCCACAAGUUGUAGUCUCACUGAAAUGUUCACUUCAACGGAGACAUUAUGUGAAAUCUGGUCAAUAUAUACAGUGCUUUUAAACCGGAAAAAUUGUUGAUCCAUGAUUUUAACAAUCACUAAUUAUCUUAUUUAUUAUCCUUUGAAGGUUUGAUUCUUUCAUUCGCUUCCUUCAUAUCAAGAAUCGGUCUAUUAAUCAGUGUAGGCGCUUUACCUUUGGUUUAUUCAGCUACUCUUUCACACUUUCCUGGUGCUGUCUUUCUUGUAUGCGCAUCGAUGUUAUUUGUUGCAAUAUGUGCAGCAAUGUAAGUAAAACUUCGAUUUCUAUUAUUUUAACAUAAUUUGAUUAAGUAGAGUAACCAUGAUAGUAACAAAAACUUAUUUUACACUUCAUGGUCUUAAACAUAGAAAUUUUAAAUUUAAAGGACAUACAUCUUGAGAAAACUUUAUACAGUGUCCUAGUAGACUAACUGUUUGAUUAGCUACAUUAUAUUUUAAUAAACAUGAGUACUCGGUAUAUUGUUAGAAAGUGGUACAGUUAUACACUGAAAUAUAUUGGUUAUUAUGAGAUAUUACUAGUUCUUCAUUUUAGUUGCUAGUUCUAAUCAGGGUGAAAGAAAUUAGAUUUUGAUGUUUACAUAUUCCUGUGAUCGAUCUAAGUGGAUUUCGUAUUAGAGGGAAUAAACUAUUUAAUGGUUGAUUAAGUGACUACAGUCAAUGUUAUUGAUGAGUCAAAUCAUUGUCAUAAAGGUAUUACAAACCGUAAUAAACUUUAAUUGGUGAAAUAAUACUGCAUUCAAGAACCAUAAUUUAGCAACUAUGAAACUCAUGUUAAAACUAUGAGACUGCCACAAACAUAUAUCACCAUUCUCCCCAAGCUUUAAAAUGGGAUGAAUAUUAGGAAAGUUGGAACUUUCAGAAUACUUUAUUUAUAUCCUUUAUUGUAUAAUUAGUUGAUGUUACAUUUCUAUAUUCGCCUCAUUGUAAAUUUAAAUAAUAAUUCAAUGGUGAGUAGCUAACAAACUGAUAUUUAAUGGUUCCGUUUAAGUAAAUUUCUCGUGUAGAGACUGGAAAAGGCUUACAAACAAGAUAAGCUUCAAACAUGUUCUCCUUUUAAUAAAAAAUUGCAUAAGAUGAAAAUCAGCCGAAAAUUACUCGAGGACAUGUCCAAUUAGUUGUUUAGGGAAGCUUUGAAAUUAUAUGUAUCAUAUCGAAGACAUGUUGACAGAUUUAUUCAUAAUCAAAUCGUCGUAUUUUAGAGAUUACUAAUGUGUUGAUUUGAAGUAUAUUGAAGCAUGUGAAAAUUAAUCUAUGAGUAAAUGAUUGCUGAUAAAUAAAUUGUAAUCAUAAGGCUCACAAAAAAUGUAAACUUUUUCUUUUACCUGAUCUUGAAACUUUCAAUUUUAUAGAGUUGUAGAGGCUACUACUGUUUAUUGAGAAGGAAGCAUUUAUAGGUGUACAGAAAUCUUGCAUUUGUAUCUUUUUCAAAAACAUCUAACCAAAUUUUGAGAAACAUUCCAAAAUUUAGGUUACAUAUGAGUUGUUGAUAAAAUAUUUUUACAGACUAGCAUUAAACUCAGUAACAGAUAGUUCUAUCAGUUACACGACUUUUCGUCUCAUCAGAAUAAUGGAUGCUAAAUUAACAUUUGAAAUGAUGGGAGCGGGGAUUGAAUAUUAAUAUCAGAAAAGAGUUACAUUUAACUGACAAGUUGCAGAUAGAUCGAAAUAAGCAUCCUGAACUCCAUUAAUAACCACAAUCAUAGAUAAUGCUCUUGACUUAUAAAAGCAUUAGUACAUAUAAAUGUUUUGAGAAUAUACACAUCCAAGAUGUACUUACGAUGGCUACAGCAAUAAAAUCAAAUAUAAGUGUAUUCAACAAAGAUGGAUAGUGGUUAGCAGUGGAAUCCAAAACGCGCAUUUCAUCCUAUUUGAGACUCGUCAGCUGGAUGUACCUGCAUCUCAGAGUUGAUGUUCACUGUGGGACUCCAACACAGUACCAUUCGCUUCAAACACCAUCGCGUUAUCCACUCAGCUACAGACUGAUCAGUUUCAGUCUUAAACCACAAUGGGAAGAUACAAGCAAAACAAUAACAAGUGAAUAUAAAUGUACUAACUUUUGAAUACCUUAUAAAGUUUCAAUAUUUUAACUUGAUUGAAUCAUUUUGUUUUAUAUUGAAAAUCAAUUUUAGUUCACUUCCAUUCCUGGCGAAAUACAAAAAACAUGAACGUGAGAAUCUAAAAAGAAAAAAAUAACAAUUACUGGUUGUUUUUUAAAAAAAAAUUAAGAAUGAUAAAAGUUGUCAACGUCCCUUAUACAUUAUUGUAUAUUCAUGAGAUGAUAUGUUCAUGUAUCUGUUUUAUCAUGCUAAAGAUUCGAACCAAAAAUGACUACUUUCAUUUAUUAGAUUGUAUUUUUUGAAAUUACUCUAAAUUAGCUUAAUGAUUACGUGGAAUGAAAGGACAAAAUUUGAUUGAUUUAUUCAUUAUGAUUUUUAUUCAACAUUAAUUCUGUUUGAUAAUCAAUCAGUAUAGUAUUUGUUUCGUUUUCCCCUAUAACAUUUUAUUCUGUAUAAUAUACGAUAUUCUUGUAUGAAUUAUUUUUCAUAUAUGUGAUUUAUUCUGAUUAUUAAUAUAUAAAUGAGUGUAUUUCCGACUGGACUGGUUGGUAUCGCUCGUGCUUUUGGAUAAUUGCGGAAUAUACUUCCCCGUUCCAAACUUGGACGUCUCUCUAGCUGGUGGAGACGGAAUGUAUCAGAAAUAUCUAGCUUAUUGGUCUUUGGUUGCAGAGUCUUAGUUCCGUUCGCAAACAAGGUUUUCUGCAAUUUUUGAAAGAUUUUCCAUACUGGUUAUGAUAUCAACACCAGUCAGGGUUAUCCGUCUCGUGGUUUAGAGACACAUCGCUUACGUGAAGUGCUUCUUCGAGGGGUAUGAGACUGUUUACGUUCGUUACGAAAAUUAAGAUAACGUGUAAGUAUGACAUAACUCUGUUAUGUCAUCCUGUGUCGUUCGACCCCUUUCUUUGACUGAAGAAAUCUCGGCAUCAGAGGAUUUCGUGAUUUCUAAAAUGCGGUCGGCAGAUGCAGCCAGCUCGUCUAUGGCGUUGUUUUGAAACGAGAAAAGCACAGCUUGCACCUGCUGAGCAAGUUUAGAUAAGAAAUGUUGUUUGAAUAGGCCAUCAUCGAAAGUUCUUUGGUCGAUAAACUAUCCGAUUCUUUGCAACAUGUCUGCACAGAACCGUGUUGCAGGUCGAUAUUAUCAAGGAAUUUGUCUAACCUUUGUCGAUCGGUUAGGUCUUCACGUUUAACGAUAGAUCGUUAAAGUGUUUCACAAAGUUCAGAAACAUCACUAGUAAACAUACUAGGUGUUACGUACCUGUUGAAUUCGUGCGGUAGUGCCUUGACUACUGCGAGGAAUUGUGCAUGUGUGUCGUUCAUGCCGUGCUCGUAGAAGUCUGCCUCUGAGUAGCAGAACUAGGCUUCGAUAUUGUCUGGUCAGAUAGGCAUUAUUUGAAACGAAGGUGGGGACAUAGUCUUUAGCUUAAGUACCUUGAGUGUCUGUUGAGUCAUGGUGAAAUAUCAAUUACGCGAAUGAAGUAGUGAUAUAUAUAUAUAUAUAUACAAUGUGUGAAAAAUUAAAAUAAGGCAAUGAUAUGUAGAAUCGCAAAAAGGAACAGACUCACAGUUUGCAACAUGGUGUACCAGAUCACGUUAGGCUCACCAAUGAAGAUGCCACAGGUAUUCGGAGUUUUACAACGCUUUAACCAGUAACACCUAAUAUGAAUCGUACCCAACUAGUGAAAUCAAAAGACAGAAGCGAGGAGGUUCACAGAUAUAUUUGAUAGACUAUCAAUAUAUCGAGGACCGUGUGAUCUAAUCCGGCUAGCGAUUGCAGGGGAUGUUGAGCAUGGCGUUCCCACUCGUGAUUUCGUAAGGAUGCGUGACCGAGCGCCUUCAGCUAUGUGAGUCCAUUAAAACUAAUGUGGUCAGCAUCCAAUAUUGAAGACUUAAAGAGCUAUUUAUUUUGGGGAUUUAUUUACCGCUACAUCGUAAUCGCUUCAAACAUAGCACACAUUAAAUGUAAUUGUAAUUAAAGUGAAAAAAUUGUGUAAUAUUUGAAAAUAUGAAAACAUGUGUAAGAAUCCAUUAAACUUAUUAAAU